AUGACUAUUCUCACAAAACCAAUUCCCUCUACCUCCUUUCGUUCUUGGAGAGUUCUCGCUGGUGGCUUAGAGAAACAAUUGUGUGUUCAGGAACGUACAUUAGAAGGACUUGAGAAGAACAAACGUCUUAGACAUCGAUUAAUGUAUCGGGUAACCGAUCUUGCACAAUAUCGUAUUUUAUGUUCCUCUAAUCCUCUGGACUACGAGUCAGAAGCAACGAAAGAAAUGGCGAUGAGUGGAAAAGAUGCGAACAAAACUUCUCGAAUGGUUUUGGCAGUCGCUGAUAAUCUUUCAGAUAUCAUGAAAGAUUGGGAAAGAAUAAUUGCUGUUUGGGAAGAGCGUAGUCACAAGAGUAAUAAUACUCUCGUAGGUAAGAGACGAUCAAGUAUUAAAACACUAUUCACAGAAGAGAAUUGGAAUGUAUUUCUUCAACGCAUUGCUGCCGCAGAAACCGUAUCACCAAAGAUAAAUAAUGAAGAGAUGAAUGAAAUCACAAAAGAAAUCCUCACUCCUACUUCUAAUGGUGUACAGGAUAAAACUGAAACUUUAGAAGAAGAAUUUGAACAGACGUUACAAACUCAAGAUGUCUACGAUAGGUUUCUUAUUCGAAUUAUAGGUCUCUGGUAUGGGUAUCGCCCUAUUGAAGCAUUCGUAUAUUUGAUUGUACUAACUGUUGGUUGGUUUUCUGGUUUCUUGUAUUGGCCAGUUCUCUCUUUUAUUACACUCGUUGUAGGGUUUCCGUGGCGCCGUAAAGAAAUGAGUAUCGACGAAAAUAAACAGUGUUUGCAAACACUUUGUAAUAUAGAAAUAUUACUUGGAUGGCGAAGUCCUCAACGUGUUGUAUUAACCUUAACAACAUUAGUACUGCUUGAUUAUAUUAUAACCUUGUGUUUACAUAGAUGUAUUUGGAAAGAUAUUACAGAAAGGAUCGUUCCACAAAUACUGAUAUUAUCACUUUUAUAUACCGGAAUAAAAAAUUUCCUGAAAAAAUCGAAAUCUCACUCACAUAUUGCUUCCUUUGAUGUUCCUAGUAAUGAAGAGACUGUCAUUCCUCCUCCUCAACCAACGUUGGAUACUCCUGUAAAAAAAGAGGAAAAUUUAGAUGUGAAUAAGGCAAGACAAGUAAUACCUCCUCUGAAUGAUCGUGAAAAAGCCCUUCUUGAUGAAAUAGCACCAGAAGGUCCUUUUUCUAAUAUUGUUCGACGAACUAUAGAGUUCGCUUCAGAGUCUAAUGGAUGGAUAAAACGAGAAGUACGGUCAGAUGGUCUCGUAAUUUGGGAAAAACAAAGCAACUAUUCUCAUAAGACUGCCAUAUUAAUCACUGCAAAUAUUCCUUCUGCGAAUGUAGGUAGUUUACAAGAGUUAUUUCUUGAUGAUCCUGAAUUUGAAGAUAAAAAAACAACAUAUGCCUAUAAGUAUGAUUCACUUCUUUCAAGGAGAGUACUUGUGAAACCACUAGGUAUGAAUGAAUUUAUUGUUCUCACUCGUUAUAAGUCCCCUGGUUGGGGUACGGCACCACGGGAAGUACUGAGUUGCAUUAGUUGUGCGAACCUUUUUACACCAAAGCAACAGGAAGAACUCGGUAUACGAAAAUUUAAUUCUGAAAAAGAAAAUGUUAAAGAAUUAAUGGCUUUUGCUCAAUGUGGUAUUGAUUGUCCAGAAGAUGUAAUUCCCCUUCCACCAUCACUAGUUUCACGUCAACAUCAACGGGCAACAGCACAUAUUUACCUCAUUAUGGGUCUUGAAGAAGCUGAUAACUCACUAACACUUCGACUUUGUUUCGAUGUGGAUCCUAAAGGAAAUAUACCUGCAAGUUUCCAAAAUCACGCAAAUAAACAACAAAUAGCAAAGGCUGAAAAAAUUGCAAAAUUACUUCGGGAAAUGGGUCCGAAACCAAAUAUGUUGCGUACGUAUGUCAAUUCAAGAGAUUUUUUCCCUCUUUUACAGACUGUAUCUUCUUCGGCAGAAACUUCAACGUCUGAUAGCAAAAAGGAAACUUCUAAUGUUAAAACAGAGUCAUUGCAAGUUCCCACUACUAACUCAGAGGUUCUUAGAAUAGCGAAACGUUUCGUUCAAGAGCUUCUUUUGCGUGAUUGGAAAUUACACUCCACAAAGCGUGGUGUUACACUCUGGACAACAACGACACCGUGGACCGAUAAGAAAGCGGUAAAGACGGUCAUCUUCAUCCCUCAUGUGACGUUAAAAGAUUUGGAUGCAGUUUUAAAUAAUCUCACUCUUGCAAACAAGCUGGACAAGACCAUUAAAGAAAAAAAGAUUGUCAAGACUCUUUCUAAAGAGGUCCAAGUGAUUCAAACAAAGUUCAUUUCUCCUAUGAUGGGUGUCGCUGCGCGUGAUAUGGUGACCCGUGCGGUCAUAUCUUAUUACCCAAGCGCAGAUGAAUGUGAGGCAAUUGGCCUUACCAAAGAUAUCAAACCUUCACAGGGAUCUGUGUUUUUGCAAGUCGCAGAGGACGCGUCGGAGGAGUUACCGAUCUCUUCUGACUACACACGUGGACGUGUAUUUCUCUUUGGUGUGCUGGCAGAGGAGACUGUGGACGAGAAUGGUGUGGAGGGUGUUCGUCUCACACGAUGUGCGGCUGCAGACCCUGGUGGUUCAAUGCCCACUCUUAUUGUUGACGCCGCCGUGGUUGUGCAGAUUGAAAACACUGUGAAAAUUGCGGAAGCUGCAAAGAGACUGCAUAGUGCGUCCCCUGUAGCCACACCUACAGUGCCAAGGCCUGCAUGA